GGUUAGAAAGCGACGUGCAUUUGUUUUAUUCAUAGCGCGCCACCGAGCUAUCCGCCCCUCAAAAAUAGCGCUCCCGUUUACGUACGCAGCGCCUGGCGGGCCAGCCUGGGAAAAAUAUGAUUCAGCCACCCCAGAAACCCCGGGUUGUGUGGCUUGCCGAGUGAUGUUUUCUUUUCCCAACCCACAUUAGCGCUGGCAACUGUGGAAACGGCCCUAGCUAGCAAGCUGUAAGUCGUAACUAAAAAUUGUUUGACUAUAGUUUUGUAUUAAGAUAGCAAUAGCAUAUUUUGCAUAAUUGACUCCCUGGUUCAACACAAGCGAGGCAGACUGGAUUGGCUGCAUUUCAAUGGAGACUCUGUCAAAAACAGCCGCUGCCGAUGCUUCGCGGGAGAAGGAGUUCUGUCCUCCACCACCCCCACCCAGUGGAAUAGCACCUGGCAGCCUGUCCCUGCCAUCUCAUAAAGAGUAUCCUGCUCACCGUCCCUUCAUCAACACACUUGUGCAUCACACACCCCAGGCACGCACACAUCAGUCAUGUCGCCCAUCAUUACCCAGCAAGGCAUUCCCAGAGACCAGCAGUGCAGCGAUCUUAUCUGCUUUGAGGAACCUCCAGGAUAAGAUCAGGAGGUUGGAGUUGGAGAAAGGACACGCAGAACUUGGUCCGCAAACUGUAGGCAAAGACGCACAACACACACAUCUGCAGAGUGGGAAAGUCACACAGAGACUCUUAAAUAAUCAGACAGACACAGAGAGACAAAUGAGGGACCCGUCCAACUGUAACCAAGUGUUGAUCACCCACCUUGCUGCUGCCGAGUCUCGCUGUGUGAAGCUGGAGCGACAGCUGGAUCACAUGAGGAGGAUGUUGCGCAAUGCGAAGGCAGACAGGAACGGCCUGGUCAAACAACAGGUUUCCACAGAUACAGCCAAGUUAGCUGAUCGACAGACUGACAGAGUGUCUGAGCAUGCCCAGUUGGAGAAGCUGGAGCGACUGGAGCAGGAGUAUCUCAGGCUAACACGCACACAGAACAAUGCUGAGAUGAAGAUUUGUGAGUUAGAGAGGAAACUGCAGGAGGAGGAGCACCAGAGAAAGCUCAUCCAGGAUAAGGCCAACCAGAUACAGACAGGUUUGGAGGCCAAUAGGAUCCUGCUGCAGUCAGUGUCACCUGGCCUGUCCACCACACAGUCCAAAGAGAAGUCCAACUCAAAGAAAUUUUCACCACAGCAGUCGACCUACACACAGCCACACUAUAGACUGAGCCUCAGAGACGUGCCUUUUGUUGCUGGAACGUCAGUAGGCUGCAGCCACUCAGUCAGAGCAAACGUACAGUCAGUUUUGUCUCUCCUGAAGCGACACCAGCCACGCCUCUGCAACAGCCGCGUCCUCUCUAACAACGCCGACAGCUCUGAGACAGUUAACCGCAGGCAUUCAGACAGUUUCUCUUCUUCCUCCUCCACUAGUGGGGAGGAGCUGUCAGAGCUGCUGCAAGCUCUACAGGAGGAGCUGCGACUCAUGAGCAUGGAGCAGGACGAGUUGACGAGGCAGUUGGAGGACGGUGUGUCGGAACAGGAAAGAAGAGAACUUCAGAGGGAGCAGGAGAGGCUGCUGCUGAAAAUGGAGAGGAAGGGAGAGCAGAUCAGUAAGCUCUGCAAACACAAAACCCAGAUAAAGAAGUUAAGAAAGGAAGCCGUUUCUAGGCGUAACAGUAGGAAUGAGGUAAGAGUUACUACCACAGUGUCCACAAGAGGCCGCUCUGCUGGAGCAGUCAAAAUCAGACCAGGCGAGAGAAGCAAGAGGAAUCUGAGGCUGCUGAGGGAAAUGAAAGCUCUGCAGACCUCACUACGGACCUGAAACUCACCAGGACAUAAAGGAAGCAAAUAAGAUUAAUCUUGUUGGUGCUCUCUUACCUACCUAUGACCAUUAUUUCACCAUCAGCAGAACCACUGACUGAAAAACCACUACAUGAACGCAACAGACAAGCUUUUGUAAAACAAGUGUCUAUUCAUGAGCAUUCGACCAAUGACCCCUUGAGAAGAAUAUAUUUUUAAUAGGAACAAAAACAGUAAAUGUUUUUGUUCCUGAUAUAACGCAUCUAAAAAAUCUGUGUAUUGUAAACCAGACCUAAGUUGUCACUACCAGUCUAACUAAAAAAGCACUUUGUCAAAACAAGAUUAUUUUAUUGUUUGAUUAGUCAUCCUAGUGUCCAAUGGCUGUUCAGAACAUUUUAAAGAGUGAGAGGGCUUUAAAUGAUAGAAAAUUUGCUCUUUACAAAUAUCAUUAAAGAAACUGUGUUUUUGUUCCCUGGAGGACACUGACUCAAACAUCUGCCUGGACUAAUUUUUUUUAUUUUUUAUUUAUUUUAUUUUAUUAUCGAUUUUUAAGUCUUUUAGCAGCAGAGGGCAUGAACGUUCAUAAUCGCAGCUUAGCUAUCUGUCUAACUGAACAUCGAGUGCGUGCCUGAAAAAUUUUAUUGUAAUGGAUAACCUGGACUUAAAGAGUCCCAGAAAAUUACCAGAUGUAAAGUUUCAUAGUAGUAAAACAUUUCUGGGUUUGCUUGAUAGAUACAGAUUCUCACAUUUCAUACAAAGUGGACGCAGCAGCCAUUGGUAGUGUAUAGAAAACUGCAAUGAUGAAACAGAGGGGUUCAUAUUUCUGCAAUUUGAUUAGCGUAAUGAUGUGCGGAAGGAACUCCCUGUGUGUGUGUGUGUGUGUGUGUGUGUGUGUGUGUGUGUGAAUGCAGACAUAAUAUUUGUAAUUAUUUCUACAAGUAUACAGUAUGUAGGAAGAUUUCGUUACCUUUUAUAAUCAUGGGUAGCUUAUU